UAGAGCUGCAGUCUUUGGGGAUUUGUAGUUUUUUCUUAAAAACCAAUUGCUGCUACCCAUGUUAGACACAGCUUAUAAAUAAACUCCAUUUCCUAGCAUUCUUCCGCCUCAGUGACGGCCAUCACCGGAAGACUGUGCGGUUGCGCCCUAGCACCGUGUAUGCGAGCAAAGAAGUCGAAAGAGAGGCAGAGCCUAAAACCGCAUUAAAGACAAGAUGGCAGGACUGCCCCGCAGGAUCAUUAAGGAAACCCAGCGCUUGUUAGCAGAGCCAGUGCCUGGGAUAAAGGCAGAGCCGGACGAAAGCAACGCUCGCUAUUUUCAUGUGGUUAUUGCAGGACCACAGGAUUCCCCCUUUGAGGGAGGGACUUUUAAACUUGAACUAUUCCUUCCAGAAGAAUACCCCAUGGCAGCUCCUAAAGUACGUUUCAUGACCAAAAUAUAUCACCCUAAUGUAGACAAGCUGGGAAGAAUAUGUUUAGAUAUUUUGAAAGAUAAGUGGUCCCCCGCUUUGCAGAUCCGCACAGUUCUGCUAUCCAUUCAGGCAUUAUUAAGUGCUCCUAACCCAGAUGAUCCACUAGCUAAUGAUGUAGCUGAGCAGUGGAAGACCAACGAAGCUCAAGCCAUAGAAACAGCCAGAGCAUGGACUAGGCUAUACGCAAUGAACAAUAUUUAAGUUUAACCGGAAGUCAAGUGUGAACACAACUCCUGUUCUGCCAAGACCUCUUCCUUCUUAAUUUGCAUUUACAGGGCACAGUGUCAGAA